AUGUGUGCUGCCAUGCUCUCAAUUGUGUGCUGCCAUGCUCUCAAUUGUGUGCUGCCGUGCUCUCAAUUGUGUGCUGCCAUGCUCUCAAUUGUGUGCUGCCAUGCUCUCAAUUGUGUGCUGCCAUGCUCUCAAAUGUGUGCUGCCAUGCUCUCAAUUGUGUGCUGCCAUGCUCUCAAUUGUGUGCUGCCAUGCUCUCAAUUGUGUGCUGCCAUGCUCUCAAAUGUGUGCUGCCAUGCUCUCAAAUGUGUGCUGCCAUGCUCUCAAAUGUGUGCUGCCAUGCUCUCAAAUGUGUGCUGCCAUGCUCUCAAUUGUGUGCUGCCAUGCUCUCAAUUGGUGCUGCCAUGCUCUCAAUUGUGUGCUGCCAUGCUCUCAAUUGGUGCUGCUAUGCUCUCAAAUGUGUGCUGCCAUGCUCUCAAUUGUGUGCUGCCAUGCUCUCAAUUGUGUGCUGCCAUGCUCUCAAAUGUGUGCUGCCAUGCUCUCAAUUGUGUGCUGCCAUGCUCUCAAAUGUGUGCUGCUAUGCUCUCAAAUGUGUGCUGCCAUGCUCUCAAUUGUGUGCUGCCAUGCUCUCAAAUGUGUGCUGCCAUGCUCUCAAAUGUGUGCUGCCAUGCUCUCAAUUGUGUGCUGCCAUGCUCUCAAAUGUGUGCUGCCAUGCUCUCAAAUGUGUGCUGCCAUGCUCUCAAUUGUGUGCUGCCAUGCUCUCAAAUGUGUGCUGCCAUGCUCUCAAUUGUGUGCUGCCAUGCUCUCAAAUGUGUGCUGCCAUGCUCUCAAGUGUGUGCUGCUCCAUCAAGCCUUCACUUCUUUAAUGCGGUUGCAAGUUGCAACGGCAUGCGUACUUACCUCUCUCCCCUCGUCCAUGCGCUCCUCUGCCCCCCCCUUUCGCUCGCCCCCAUCAGGGAGCGCCCCAGUGAGCACGAGGCGCUGGACCCGCCCACCACUGACCUGCCCGUGGAGGUGCUCGUGUGCGCGCUGCCGCCCGACCCCGCCCACCCCGUGCCGCUGCACUCCCUGCACGAGUUCCUCGAGUUCUACCGCCUCUCCGGGGCGGCACGGGUUGUCCUGUAUGACAACGGGGCGUGGCAGGAGGGCGGCAUGGCGGAGCAGGUGGCGGGGCAGGUGGAGCGAGGCGAGGUGGUGGUGGUGCCGUUCCAUGGCAGCCGCGACCACCAGCUGCACCGCCAGGGCAAGGUGAGCGCUGCACGCCAGGGCAAGGUGAGAGCUGCACCGCCAGGGCAAGGUGAGAGCUGCACCGCCAGGGCAAGUGUUCCUCCUCCGCUACCCGCUGUGUGCAACCGGGCAUGGCAGGGGUUGGCGGCGCAGGACUGUGCAUGGGGGGCGGGGUACACGGCACGCUGGGUGGUGCCCGCGGAGCUCAACGAGUUCCUCUUCACCGGCUCUCAGCCCGCCGCCCUGCCCACCUUCCUGCGCGCACACGGGGCGGCAGCGGUGGUGACGGUGGGGUCGCUGUGGUGGUCCAGCGCCAAGUGCUCACUGGACUUUGGAGCGGGCGAGCAGGGCGGGGGCAAGUUCUGGGUGGAGCGCAUGGUGUACCGCUGGCCGUGGCCCGUCUGCCACGACACCUCCGCCUUCCCCGACGCCAACCUCUGCCUCGGCGAGACCGGCUACCGCAAACCCAUCGUCGACCCCCGCAAGGUGGAGGCGCUGGGGGCGUUUGAGGCGCGGGCGGGGGGGGGCGAGGGCGGGGAGGUGGACGUGCGCACGGAGGAGGCGGUGUACAACCACGUGCAGGACCUCUUCUCCGCGCCCUCCUCCUCCUGGUGCCACGAGCUCUUCAAUGACGACCAGUGGCCCCCUCCACCAUCUAGCCCACACUGCUAUCCUGACCCAAGAAUCAUGCCCCCGGCCAUACCAUGCCCCCCCCUGCGUGGUGGUGGUGGUGGCAGGGCCCCGAGUGGUGGGUGCGGGACACCUUCCUGCGCGACCACGCCCACUCGCUCAGAGCAGGCCGCGUCUGUGACUUCGAUAAAGGCCAGGUACGUGUGUGAAAGGUGGGGGGUGGGGUCUGCUGCUCUCACUGCCGCUGUUGCACCCCAAUCACUGUUCCCAUGCCCUCUUCCCUCUCAUGUGCCACCGGACAUGUAUGCCGUUUCCCAUCCUUGUCAUCCCUCUCAUCUCCCAUCCAUCUCAUCUCCCAUCCCUCUCAUCUCCCAUCCUUCUCAUCUCCCAUCCCUCUCAUCUCCCAUCCUUCUCAUCUCCCAUCCCUGUCUUUUCCCAUCCUUGGCUCCCACCUUUGCCCUGCGCUCUCUCUUUAGCCAGCAUUCAUUCUCCCACCUUUCUUUACUCAAUCUGUCACCUGUCACCACCCAUCGCUUCUCCUAUCCACGCUUUUCCAGUGCGAGCUGCUGUCGCAACAAUGAACCAUCAGGUCUGGAGAUUGAGGCUCGCAACAAGAUACGCAGGGUCUUCUUCUGGCACAUCAACCCAUGA